ACUUACGUUAAGGUUGAUCCAAAAAAACUGAUGAGGCAGUCCAAAUGAAUCAAACCAAAGAGAUUCUAUCGGUAUCUUUGAAUCCGUGACAUUGCAGAAGCAGAUAACUAAUUUAUGGCCUUUAAGCAGUAGAUUCCUAUGGUUACCCUUGUUCUUGUACCAAGUAUAAAAGAAUUUCCCAAGAAAUGGACACUGAUUAGUAUGAAACACUUGUACAAGAACUUUAGUCUAAAUUUCUUCUAGGGGACCCAACCAAACUAAUAAAUGAAUAGGAGGGGUAAAGAUGCAUGAUUCUGAAUUCUGAUUCUUUUUCUGCCAGAUAUUCAACAGUGACAGGUUCUAUGCUUUAGGAAACUUUCUGUAUUUAAUAGGUAAAUUUUCAAGAAAUUCUUUUUAAGGGUUUGAAUGAAAAGCACCUUAUAAAAGAGUAGUUGACAUGUGUGUUUUGCAAACCAGCCGGUUUCGAGAUGUAACUUAAGAAACUUUAUGUGUAAGGCACUGAAAGAAGAGAAUGAAAGCAAAGAAAGUAAGGUUACUUUAUCAGGGCUUUUGAAUUUCAUUGAUGGCCUCUGGUCAGCUUGUGUGGGAGAAACGGUCAUUGUGUUCACUACUAAUUAUGUGGACAAACUUGAUCCAGCAGCUAUCAGGAGAGGAAGGACGGACAAGCGUAUUGAAAUGUCCUAUUAUGGCUUUGAAACAUUCAAGGUGCUAGCCAAGAAUUAUUUAGAUAUUGACUCACAUGAGCUGUUUGCAGAAGUUGACAAUCAGUUGGCAGAAAGAAAUAUGAUUCCUGCAGAUGUAGCAGAGAAUUUGAUGCCAAAGUCUGAUGAGGAUGAUGCAGAGACUUGUUUGAAGAAUCUGAUUGAAGCUCUUAAGGUGGUGAAGGAGGAAGCAGUAAAGAAGGCUGAGGAAGAAGUGCGCUCAAAGGCAGAGAAAGAAGAGAAAAAGGAGGACAAGUGUACUGAUUCUGCUAAGGAGAAUGUGAAAGGUGAUGAAACUUCAGCCAAGCCUGUGAAAGAGAAUGGUUUCAUCAAAAAGGCAGAUAAAGGAGGGGAGAAUUGAUCUUGAAGCUACCGAGAAUUCGACCAACAAUGGUUUCACAACUUGUGAAGGCUUGGAUAUAUCUUUUAAAUUUGUAAAUAGUGUGGCUAUCAGUGUGUUGUGUAAAUAUAUUGUACAACUUGC